AUGAGCGGCAUUCAUCGAUUUCUAACUCGUCGCGAUCGACACAGCCGAUCGGGGCGUGGAGGUAGUAAAGAAGAUAAAGAAGAGAGCACAGCGGCCCUGUCACAGCCGCUUCUACGUGGAUUCUUUAGCUCUCAGUCACUUCCUGAAGACAAGGAUCGUGAAAAGAAGGUCAAGAUUGUUGAAGGACACAUGAAGUCGAUUGGGAUCACCACAUUGGAAGAGCGACACUACAACUAUGCACUGCACACUAGUAAAGGUGAUAUUCAGAAAGCUAUUAGCCUGCUGCUUUUGCUUGAAGACUCUAUCGAGGGUAUCAUCCGAAGCUACACCCCUAAUGUGAAGCUUCUGGGAGCAGAGAAUCGACAAGGAGUCACCUGCUAUCUUGAUGCAUUGCUAUUUGCCAUGUUUUCACGCCUUGACUGCUUUGAAGCUAUCUUGUACAAGUCAUUCAAUGACGAGUCACGUCAAAAGCUUGUAGUUCUGCUUAGACUCUGGGUCAAUAUGCUGCGAUCAGGCAAACUCAUCACCACCGAUUUGACUAAGCACAUCCAAGACGCUCUGUCAGACUGCGGUUGGGAGGAUGCAGCAAUGCUUCGACAGCAGGAUGCCUCGGAAGCUUUCACGUUCAUCACAGAGAAACUAGAGCUUCCACUUCUUACGCUUAAAAUGGACAUUUACCACUUCGGCAAGGAGGAUGCCAGUGAUGAUCACAAGUUUAUUAACGAACGAUUGCUCGAAGUUGCCAUCCCCCCAGAACCCACUGAUGGUUCAACUCUUACCCUAGAAGACUGCCUUGAAGCGUACUUCAACAACAAAAUUGAAGUUAAGCGUCAUAUCGAGCGUCGGAAUACGUUGGAAACCACUCGAUCUCAGUCUCUGGACUCGGGAUCCAUAUCUAAGGGCUUGACUUCUCACAUUGAAGAGAUAGAUACUACACCUACUCUAUCACCCACCAGAACAGAGUCAUUGGAAGGAGAGAAACAGUUUGUGAACCCAUGGGGGAGUUUUUCGGAGUUCAGUGCGAAGUUAUCAUCCCGAAAUCUCUCUCGUCGAAAUAGUAUUGUCCGUGAACGUUUUAUUCCGGAUUCGACCGAGGAAUCACCAGAGACCCUGGGGCCACUUGCCACCUACACACCGCCCCGAAAGGGAUCCUUUAGAAAGGAGGUGAUGAUGCCUGCUUGGCAGUUCUUUAGUCUCAUUCCUUGGUACACUGAUAACACACCCCGCAAUGACGCUCAGGUGGCAGCCCAUUUCUCAUCAAAGAGGCCCAUUUUGGGAAUGUGCUUGAAGCGGUAUUCUUUCACUCCUCAAGGAAAAGCCACUCGACUUGAUACCUACAUUGAUAUUCCCACUGAGAUUGGAAUGCCGCAUUUUAUUCAAGAUGACAACAUGGGGGAGAAUGCACCUAUCUAUGGGACUUUCAAGUUAUCCUUGCAGGCAAUGGUCUGCCACCGCGGAAACUCAGUUGACUCAGGUCACUAUAUCUCCAUCGUUCGAGGCACAAAUCCUAAUGCUACUCCGCCGGGCUCCAGCGAUGGCAAUCACGAGUGCCCCGAAGCACCCCGCCACUGGAUGCGAUUUGAUGAUCUUGCUACGGAACGAGUUACUCUUAUUGACAUUGAUCAAGCCCUGAAGACGGAGUCGCCGUAUCUACUUUUUUAUCAGAUCCUGCCUAUCGAUCAAGAUGCAUCCAUGGCCAAUCUGCCACCCACCGCCCCUUCGUCGCGCGCGUCAAAUGGUACUCUUGACGCUGAAACCCUCAACGCCAUGAACCUGUCACUACCAGUUGAUGAGAUAGUUGACGAUAGCGCCGCGGAAGAUGUUGGCUCGGCUCGACCCAGCUUUGAAGUGACUGCACCCGACGACACCACGGGCAGCCCGAUAUCCAGCACUAAACGUCGUCCCAGCAGCGUGGCCUUCUCAGAGGCUGUUGCUCAGGCAGUCUCGCUACCCGCUUCGUCUCCUCAGCUGAUGCCUUCGGAUGUGGAGACCAAUAGGCGUUCGUUUCCAUUCACUCGCCGCAGUUCACGCGUGGCCCUAAGCACGGCCGGAAGCCGUGCCAACAGCCAAUCUAGCGACACCAGAAUUGGACAGACCUUCCAACGGUUUGCAGCUGGCCGUCGCAGCAAGGACCGGCUGACUAGUGAUGUUGAGGCUGAGCCUGAUGAUACAGCUAUCGACUUUGACGAGGCUGUAGCUCCCGACGGUGGCAAACUCGGUCCCCCUAUCGAGUUCAAGGAAAGGAGCGAGAAGAGUAUGCGCGGACGAACCCGUGAUCGCAUCACUAAAGGAAAGAACAAGGAGAAGUCGAAGAGCAAGGAAAAGAGCGUGAAGCCGGAGCGAGACAACUUAACGGAGCCUGCCGACUCCCUACCCAUCUUUGACGUACAACGAGUCCAGCUCCAAUUCCCUAUUGCGGCAGACUUCGUAGCCGCGCAGGUUGCCAAUAAUGUCCUGGUUUUGGCUUUAUCAACAGGUCGAAUUCUCCGGAUCGACCUUGAUACCCCUGAGGACAUUGAUGACAUCGAUCUUCCCAAAAAGUCAUCCGAGGUUGGCUUGAUCCAACGCAUGUUCCUUGAUCCCUCUGCAUCACAUCUAAUCAUCACUACUACGCUCGGCGAGAACUACUAUCUCCACACCCAGUCGCGUCAGCCUAAGGCUUUAUCACGGUUAAAGGGUGUGUCGAUUGAAAGCAUCGCCUGGAACCCUUCUUUACCGACUGCCUCAACCCGCGAGAUCCUUCUUGGCACAACUGAUGGAAAUAUAUAUGAGACAUACAUUGAACCCUCCACUGAGUUCUACCGGCGCGAGGAGAAAUAUGUCACCGCAGUGUACAAGUUGCCGGACGCUUCGCCCGUCAUCGGUAUCUCUGCCGAGCCUGUUCCUUCCAACCCCGAACAGAGGAGGGUGAUUUUGGCGACACACGGGAAGCUAGUUCACUUUUUGGGUCGUGCUGGAGCCUCAAAGCCUGGAAGGGACAGUGGUACAUCUAUAUAUGCGGACCUUUUCCAGCGCGAGACGCCUCUGACACAUGAGAUCCAGAAACCCUCUGCAUCUGUACCUUCUUUAUUGGCUAUCUCCCCUUCGGGUACUGGUGGCCACCAAGCUGAUGUAUUCACCGAGAAAGAGUUCGCAUGGCUCAACUCCCAAGGAAUCUACCAUGGCCAGCUUGCAUCGAACACCCCAUUUGAUAGCGCAACUAUGCUAUCUCGAUCAAAAUUCCCAGCCACGGAAUCCGCACGAGGCGGCAAGAAACUGAUUCAAGACCCAAUUACUUCCAUGACUCUCUCGCAGUGGCAUGUCUUGGCACUUGCUGAGGGUCGGGUAGUUGCUGUCAAUCGUCUCAAUAACGAGGUCGUAUAUGACCAGGCAGUUUUAGAGCCUCGACAAAUUGUUUUGGGCCUUCUUACAGAUCUGACUCAAAACACAUACUGGUUAUUCACCAACAAAGAGAUCUUUGAAGUUGUGGCCAACGACGAGGACAGAGAUGUGUGGAAAGUUCUUCUCAAGGAGCAAAAAUUUGAGGAGGCCCUCCAGUAUGCUCGAGGCCUUACACAACGUGAUGCGGUUUUGACCGCUUCCGGUGAUUACCUUGCCAAAGAAGGCCGCUUCUUUGAGGCAGCCAAAGUCUGGGGCAAGAGCAGUAAGGGCUUCGAAGAGGUCUGCCUCACCAUGAUUGAUAACAAGGAGUACGAUGCCCUGCGGAAGUAUCUUCUCUCGCAGCUGUCAACAUACAAAAAGGCGUCUAUCAUGCAAAGAAUGAUGGUGGCGACCUGGCUUGUGGAGAUUUUCAUGUCGAAACUGAACUCUCUGGACGACAAUAUCGCUACCAAAGCAGAGUUGACCGAAGGUGUGACUACAGGAGAAAUCGAGGUUGAGCUGGACAUUAUUCAAUCUGAGUUCCAGGAGUUUUUGAAUAGACACAAAACAGAUCUGGAUAAAAGGACGGUCUACGACAUUAUAAGCAGCCACGGCCGCGAGAGAGAGUUACUGUUCUUUGCAACUAUCUCAAACGACCUAAAUUACGUCUUAUCGUACUGGAUCCAACGGGAGAAAUGGACAGACGCUUUGAACGUUCUACAGCGGCAGAGCGAGCCGGACGUUUUCUACAAGUACAGCAGCGUGCUCAUGACACAUGCAGCUACGGGUUUGAUCGAGAUUCUGAUGCGACAGACAAACCUUGAUCCUGAGAGACUUAUUCCCGCGCUGUUGAACUACAACAAGACUGCCAGUGUUACCAUCAACCAGAACCAGGCUGUUCGAUACCUAAACUUCAUUAUUGUCAAUCACCCAAACCCAGCCGCUGCCGUUCAUAACACCCUCAUUUCCAUCCAUGCCUCCAGCCAGUCAGCCUCGGAAGCCGGGCUACUCACCUAUCUUCAAUCGCAGCCAUCCACGCCGCCUCCUUACGACGCAGACUUCGCCCUCCGGCUCUGUAUCCAGCAUAAGCGAGUUCAGUCAUGUAUCCAUAUCUACAGUGCCAUGGGUCAAUACCUUCAAGCCGUCGAACUCGCCCUAGAGCACGACGACAUCGAGCUCGCCGCCAUAGUGGCAGACCGCCCAGAAGGCAACGAUAAGCUCCGGAAGAAACUGUGGCUGCUUGUCGCCGAGAAGAAGAUCCGCCAACCAGGCACCGGAAUAAAAUCAGCCAUUGAAUUCCUGCGUCGCUGCGAGCUGCUUCGCAUCGAAGAUCUGAUUCCAUUCUUCCCUGAUUUUGUCGUCAUAGACGACUUCAAAGACGAGAUCUGUACAGCCUUGGAAGAUUACUCGCGCCACAUCGACGCUCUCCGUCACGAGAUGGACAACUCCGCGCAGACAGCUCAUCAGAUCCGCAAUGAAAUAUCCGGCCUGGAUACCCGCUACGCUAUCGUCGAGCCAGGCGAGAAGUGCUGGAUCUGCCUAUUACCUCUGCUGAGUCGCCAAUUCUUCGUCUUCCCUUGCCAACAUGCCUUCCACAGCGACUGUCUGGGUAAAGAGGUUUUGGAGGGCGCCGGGGGCAAGAAGAGGUAUAUUCGCGAGUUGCAGGCAAAGCUGAGUAAAGGCGAUAUAUCCACUUCACGUCGCGAGGAGAUUGUCAAGGAAUUGGACGUGGUGAUAGCAGAAGCUUGUAUUCUUUGCGGUGAUCAUGCUAUCAAGCUGAUCGACAAGCCUUUCGUCAACGCAUCGGAGACAGAGAACGAAUGGUCUCUCUGA